AUGACGGCCAUUCUUCAGAGAGGAGACCGGAAGAGGAAGGCCCCCUCGGUAGCUCCCAGCUGCGGCGAUGUCGACGGCCGCAGAGGCAUAGGAACCGUCCGUCCUUCCGAGCAUUUGCACCACCUAUACGUUAGUCCUCAAGUGUAUGCUUCAGAUGUGAUGAGGCGGGGCACCACUUUUGGGAGUGCCCCCACCCUCGGUAGCCCCUGCCACUCAGACUGUUCUCUGGUGCUUGCUUUGGGUGCGUUUUUGUUGGUUUGUUGCAGCUUUGAUCUAUGCUUUAUGUUUUGUUUUUGUUGGUUUGCUCACAUAUCAUUCUUGUUCAAUUAUCUUCUCAGUCUAAAAGUGAUCCAAUGUGACAAGCGUAGGAGAAGUGCCUUCUUGAAGCAGAUCAAGGGGUUGAAGAAGAAGGCUGCAGAGCUUGCCACCUUGUGUGGAAUUGAUGUGUGCAUGGUCAGUUGCAAUCCCAAUGGUGACCUGCUCGAGACGUGGCCAGGGAGCCGGUCUGAGGUCCUCCCCAUCAUCGAACGGUACGUGAAAAUCACAGAAACUAGAAGGAAAUGGAGCAUCACUGAUGUUUCCAGCGUGUUGGAGGAUAAAAUAAAGAAUUUGCAAAGGGACCUUGAUAGGAAGCGAGCAGAGAACAAGCACGUUCUCUAUCUGUCAUGGGAUCAUCAACUGGAUGGCAUGUCAGACAGAUCUCUGAGGGAGUUGGUAGGCCAUCUUGACAUGAAAUUGGAGAAAUUGAGAGAGAGAAUUGAGAUGGUGAAAUCUAGUAGUGAAGGGAGGAGGUUGAACAUGGUGCAAACGAAACAAGAGCUUGUAAAAGAAGAUUUCAAUGCACCUAUCCCUCUUUCCUAUCUUACACCUUUGCAUCACCUCCAUACGAGUUCUCAAAAUCUUGGUUUUGAUUCUAACAUGGUGCGAACAGAACAAGAGCAUGUUGUAGAAGAAGAUUCUAAUGCACCUCCCCAUCUCUCCUAUCUUACACCUUUUUAUCACAUCCGCACAAAUUCUCAAAAUCUUGAUAUCGAUUCUGACAUGGUGGGAAUAGAACAAGAGCAUGUUGUCGAAGAAGAUUGCAAUGCACCUCUCCCUGUCUCCUAUCAUAGGCCUUUGCAUCACCUCCACAUGAGCUCUCAAAAUCUUGGUUUCAAUUUUGACAUAGGUUCAGAAAUGCCCAUGCUCAAUGGUGAUAUUGUAAGUGGAAAUUCACGUGAUUGGAUGGGUGGUUUCAAGAUUUCGAGACAAAUGAGUGUGGAAUUGAGAUGCUUCUCCCAAUUUCAAACGAGUUGGAUUACAAAUUUUAGGAUGUAUUAG